AUGCUUCGUCAUUGCUACCAACUAGUUCACACGUCUAUAUGCUGCGUGUGUGCUGCGUGUGUGCUGUGCGUGUGCUACACGCGUGCAGAGGACAUGGGCGGCGCGUUGGAGGAGCAGAGCGCGGGCGCGCUGCUGAGAGUGCCGCGCGCCGUGAGGGAGACGAAGCGCGUGCGCGACGACGCCGUGUCGCUCAAAGGCACUGUUGCCAGCAUCCUGCAGCGCCUGCAGCAGGUGCGUGGGGGCAGGAGCAGGGGCGGUCAGGGAGGGCAAUAUCUUAAAGGCACUGCGGCCAGCAUCCUGCAGCGCCGCAGCCGGUGGGGGGAGGAGAUGGGAGGGAUGGGGCUGGAUCAGGUGGAGGCUACGUCAGCAGCAUCCGUGGCGGUGCUGGCGAAGGUGGAUGCAGUGAAGCAGCAGAUGGAGGCGGCGAGAGACACGCUCCAGUACGCGGCAGGCUUGGCACAGCUGAGCGCGUCAGUGGAGCAGGUGUUCGCCAGUGGCGACCUGCCACGUGUCGCUGAGACACUGGCCAACAUGCGGCGCUGCCUGGAGGUGGUGGGCGAUGCGCCGGAGUUUGCAGCGAACAAGAGGCAGCUUCAAUCGCUGGAGGAUCGGUUGGAGCAGAUGGUGCAGCCGCGGCUGUCAGACGCGCUCACACACAGCAAGUUGGACGCGUGUCGCUCGCUGACAGGCAUCCUGGCAGCCAUCGGGCGGCAGCACACGGUGGAAGCUCUCUUCUGCCUCGUGCGCUGCCGCCCGCUCACACGCCUGUGGGAGCAGUUUGAGGUCACUGCUGUGGCACCGGGCGCAGGCCCAUUGGCAGCAGCGUUACAGUUCCCCGAGUGGUUACCGCGCUGGUACGACGAGAUGCUACUCGCAGUGGAGCAGGAGGCUCGUUGGUGCGUGGCAGCCUUCCCCCACCACGCCUCGCCUCUGCUGCUGCGUCUGCUCACGGCCACGUGGGGCGGGCUCGCCUCCAGCUUCACUGUGCGCGUCGAUGCUGCUGUGUCUGACGCUGCGCUGUCUGCUCUUGCUGCUGCUGAUGCAGCGUCCCAGUGGCGACCAUCCACCCGUCUGGCCAUCCUGCUCGCCCUGCACGCCACCACCACCACCUUUGCCCUCCAACGACCUUCUACGCGCCUGGCCCUGCUACUCGCCCUACACGCCACCACCACCACCUUUGCGCGCAACCUCUCCCGCCUCCUCGCCUCCCUUCCUUCCUCCGCCACUGCCGAUGCCACUAAGCCAUCUUCCUCUGAGAAAAACACACAAGGAGCCGCCGCCGCAGCAGCAGCAGGAGGAGGAGGAGGGGCAGGAGGAGGAGCGGCAGGCGGAGGGGAGAAGGGCAGCAAGAGAAGGGGCAGGGAGGAGGAGGGGGAGCAGGAGGGAGAGGGGCCGGUGAGUGUGGGAGCAGUGGUGUGGGCGGUGUUCCGGCCCUUAGAGCCGUUCAAGCAGCGCUACGGGGACUAUGAGCGCGCACAGCUGGCGGCGGAUCUGGGCGGCAUAGAUCUCAGGCCGGGCAGCGCAGUGAAGCAAGUGGGGCAGCGCGGGCUCGUGCUGGCAGAUGCUGUUCGGCGCAUGGAGGUGAGAGGUGGUGCUGUGCGGUGCAUGUCAGUGUGCUGGAAUAAUCUCUUGGAAUCUUUUGGAGUUCUCAGUAUGACUAAUAUGUUCCUGGGAGGUGGUCUGGAGCUGGCCUUUUCGUAUUUUGCUACCACGCUCCUCUUUCCUGUACCACCUCUACCACCCAUCCCAUUCUGCAUGCUUAAUCUUCCCAUCACCUCUCGCUCUCCUGUCCUCUACAUCUUUCCUCCACUCUUCAUUCACCCCCCUCACCAGGCGGCCAUCCCAGCAGCCAUGGCAGCACUGGAGGCAGCAGUGGAGCGCUGUCUCGCCUUCACAGGGGGCUCAGAGGCAGCAGCGCUCCUCACCGCACUCGACCACUCCAUCCUCCUCUUCCUCUCCCGCCUCUCCUCCUGCCUCCAAUCCCUCCCCCCCAUCUGCGGCCUCUCCCCUCCCCCACCUCCUGCCCUUCCUUCCUCCACCACUCCUUCCGCUCCAACCCGAGCCUCUGGCCCAGGCUCAGACCGAACCAAUCCAUUCUCAGACGAUCCGUUGGCCAGUCUACCGGACCCGGCGGGGUACGGAGCAGGGGGAGCAGGGGGAGUGGAGGAGGAGGAGGAGUGGGCAGUGGUGCAGGGAGCGCUGCAACUGCUGAUGGUGGCAGAGAGUGUGGCGGUGCGCGUGGCAGUGUUUGAAGCCUCCCUCCGCAGCGCCCUCACCCAGCUCUCCCCCCGCUUGGGGCUGGAUGCUGGGGGGGAUGGCGGAGGGGAAGGGGGAGGGGAGGGCGCGGGAGGGGAGGUGAAGCGGGUGGGGUCGGUUGGUGGCGCAGGGGGAGGGGGAGGCGCAGGGGGAGGCGGAGUGGGAGCUGGAGGGGGAGCAGAGGGGAGUGAGGUGGAUGUGGCGGUGCUGAGACUGGCGGAAUAUCCCGACAAGGCUCAGCGCCUCGCCAGGCUGCUGGACGAGCUCAGGGACCCGCGCAUCCAUGCGCUCCCGCGCACGGCGCAGCGAGUGAGAAGCUUCCAGGAAGCAGUGUCAUCGUUGGUGUACGACGUGCUCAUUGCCAAGGUACGGCGGCAAUUGGCAGGGGUCUCUUCCAUGCCGGACUGGGCAUUGGGCGAGGAGGAGAAUGUGUUUGACCUACCAGCCUUCAACGCGUACGCUCUACCCUACAUCACAGCCGUGGGAGAAUACCUCCUCAAUCUCCCCCAGCAACUCGAGCCUCUCGCCGUCGCUGCCUCCGAAGCAGCCCCGAGCCUGCUCCUGCAAGCCUCGGCAAGCAGCGCGUCGGCAGGCGGGGAAUCCGCGACACCGACCGCAGCAGGGGAGGAGGAUGCGGGGGCGUAUUUCGUCCGGGAGUGGAUGACAAAGGUCGCUGACGGCGCGACGUCGCUAUUCGUGGAGCAGAUUCGAGCGAUUCCCGAGGUGUCAGACCGGGGGGCACAGCAGCUAGCAGCAGACAUAGAGUAUCUAUGCAGUGUAUUGUCGGUGCUGUAUGUGGCUGCAUCGCCUGCUAUUGCGACCUUCCAAGCGUGCUUUGCCACGCCCAAGGCGAGCCUGUCGGAGUUUAUCGCACAGGAGAGCGGUGCUGGGGGGUCGCUGGAUGCCACCACUGCUCGCCUGGUUGCCAAGAUGAGGCGGGUUGCGCGAGAGUGA